CCCUCUCAGCACAGAAAAAGGUCACGUCUGUUUGGAGAAUAUGUAGGUCAGUGGAACAUUUCCUGCACUUGUGCUAAGGAGCGCACAGCUCUCUGGCUUUCCUUCUCCAACUACCCCGGCUUUACUUACCAUUGCUUUGCCUUCAGCCAUACUGUCAUAUGUGCUCGCUAUAAAGCUCCCUGUAGCCAUUACCUGCCGCCAACCAAUUGCCCAGGACGCAGUCAAGAGUGGCUCUUGGGUUACCAGCGGAGUCAGAAGCACUUUACUUGUAGCCGUAUAACGACACUAUACCAAGUCCGAACAAAUGCUUCAGUCGUAACGCAGCAUCAGCUAUAUCUUUGUCUGAAAUGCCACCUCCAAACUGGGCUUCAGACCCCCAUACCAUUCCGCCAGGAUAAAUACACAGUGGCCCCCGUUCGCUACCGAGGCAUUGCCCCAUAAUCCUCCCUCUCCCCAGCCCUGAAUGCGCUGACAACUCGCACCAUGAGAAAUAACAGCAAAGGAGGCAGCAGGAGCAACAGGGGAACCCAGGGGAAUGCUCCCGGCUGCAGUAAGGAGACUUUAUCGCCGGACCAGCCCGGCAGGAGCUCCAGUAUCGGGGUGUCCCAUACCCAGCGCCCGGGCACCCUAUUCGCCUCAGCGGACAGCAGCACUCGGAGCUGGGAGGGCAGCCCCAAAUGUGGAGCGCAACACGGACAAACCAGUGCUCCUCACCGCAGCACCGCCAGGAAAGGUUACACAGAGACACAAAUAGACGAGGAUGAGAAAGACCAGGCAAGGAGGGCUUCCCGUAGCAAGUCAGAAAAGAAAAGGCGCGAUCAGUUAAAUGUACUCAUCAAAGAACUUAGCACAAUGCUUCCAGAAAACACACGUAGAAUACAUAAAACUACUGUACUAGAAAAAGUGAUUGGAUAUCUACAAAAACACAAUGAAACUACUGAUGAAACAGAAAUUUGUGAUAUCCAGCAGGACUGGAAGCCUUCAUUUCUCAGCAACGAGGAGUUCACCCAGCUCAUGCUUGAGGCACUUGAUGGAUUCAUUAUAGCAGUCACAACAGAAGGAAGCAUAAUAUAUGUUUCAGAUAGUAUAACACCAUUACUUGGGCAUUUACCAUCUGAUAUUAUGGAUCAGAAUCUGUUGAACUUUCUACCAGAGCAAGAACAUCCUGACAUCUCUAAAAUAUUAUCUUCACAUAUGCUUGUAACUGAUACUGCAAAUUUAAACUCUUUGAACUCUGAGAACAACGUAGAGUUCUGCUGUCAUCUUCUAAGAGGAACACUAAACCCCAAGGAAUUUCCUAUGUAUGAAUACAUAAAAUUUGUAGGAAAUUUUUGGCCUUGCAGCAAUGCACCCAAUACCACUUGUAAUGGGUUUGAAGGGCCUGUUUCAAUGACUUAUCAAUCACAGCUUGAUAAACAGAUGUGUUUAGUUGCCACGGUUAGACUUGCAACACCUCAGUUUUUAAAGGAAAUGUGCAUGUUUGAAGAAUCCCUUGAAGAAUUUACCUCAAGACAUAGUCUAGAAUGGAAGUUCUUGUUUCUAGAUCACAGAGCACCACCUAUAAUUGGCUAUUUGCCUAUUGAAGUUCUUGGCACAUCUGGUUAUGAUUAUUAUCACGUAGAUGACCUUGAAAUAUUGGCUAGGUGCCAUGAACAGUUACUUCAGUGCGGAAAAGGAAAGUCUUGCUGCUAUCGAUUUCUUACCAAAGGACAACAGUGGAUCUGGCUUCAGACCCAGUACUACAUUACAUAUCAUCAGUGGAAUUCCAAGCCAGAAUUUAUUGUAUGUACGCACAACGUUGUAAGUUAUUCAGAUGUAAGAGUGGAUAGAAGACAAGAAUUAAGUUUGGAAGAGUAUUCAUCAGAAACCACUGUUUCACCAGAAUUACAGCCAUCAGUACCUUGUCAGACAUGUGAUAUGCAGUCACAUUCAUUGCAACAAAGUCUACAGCAAAACCAAUCCAUUCCAACAACCCAGCUGCCUGCCCAGUUUAGCAUCCAAGCUAUACAAAGCCAGCUUCAGCAGAGAACCCAGAUUCUCCAGGCUAGCAUACAAUGGCAACAGGAAGAACUUAAAAAGAUCCAGGAACAGCUUCAUAUGGUCCAGGAGUCUAACAUACAGAUAUUUUGUCAUCCCCAAACACCUGCUCUAAACUUCAGCAACCUACACCAAACAGAGACACAGCAGCAUCCAGUCCAACAGAGAUCCAGCACCAUACCUCAGCAACCACAGCACAUUAUGCUGAGCCUUCCAACUCAAGGGCAGAUUAUCUCUAAACUGAUUCCAGGCCAGCAUGUGGUUUCAUCUCAGCAAGUGCUCAGGGAUUCCACUGUACUGUCAAGUAAGGGACAGAAAUCAAUAAGAAGUCUGCAUGAAAUAUCAGACAGCGCCCAGCCAUCUACCAGAAAUGCUACCUCUCAGCUCAAUGAUCCCUCCUCCAAAGUGACACAAAGUCUGGACGUAGUACCAUCUUCUGAUUCACAGCAGGAAAGCAUUCAGCGUUCUACUGCACCAGACUUCAGCCAUGACAGGCAGCUAAGGCUGUUGCUGAAUCAACCAAUCCAGCCAAUGAUGCCAGUCUCAUGUAACAAAAGGCAGACCUUAGAUACUGGAUGUCAGUCAAAGUAUUUGCAAAAUUCACAAAUACUUAGAAAUGUAGAGGUGCAGACUUCUGGCACUAGUGCGCCUAUUGUCAUAAUGGGGCAAGCAAUCUUACAUCCAGUUGUUUCUACAACUCAUCCCUCCCAGCAGCAAAAUCUACAGACUAUGCAUCUACAACAGCAGCAGCAAUAUGUACAGAGCCCAAGUUCUUUUCAAAACCAACAGCCAGAUUCUUUGGGCUUGCCCACCUAUGCUCAGCAGCAAGACACGAUUGGAUUUCACCAACAGCAACAACUAACACUAACAAGGACUAAAAGCCUUUCUGAGAAAUCAGGUGUACUUUAGAAUGCUUGCUUUGUUAAUUCUUUACUGCACUAGCCCAACGCAUAUCUACCGGAACCUGGAUUGCCUUACAUUUUGGACCUUGCUGUUUAGUAGAAUACGUGGGAAAGCAGUUGAUAAAUAUGCAGCCAAGAUCAUGAAGCUAACAAAGAAUUUUGUGUUGCUUGUAAUUACAAUUUAUGGAUUUAUAUUGACUCAUACAAACUGAUCUUUAAAGUCAUAAUUCUGCUUUCAAACAACCCUUUUGUGACAAAUUCCAGCACUUUUCAAUUUGUCAAUUCAUUUUUUAAUCUUUAUUUAAUGUAAUAAGAAACCUUGGAAAGGAGACCUUACAAAUAUCAUAGAAAGCAUAUGUAUAUCUAGUAAGUUGCUACUCCUUAACAUUUUCUUUUCCAUGUUAAUGACCUAACAUAUAUAAGCAUUGAAUAUAAUGACGCAAAACAGAAACAUUAUAAACAGAAGCAGAUUAACUCUAUCAAAGGACAGAAGUAAAGCUGUUACUCAUCCACCCCUGCUCUGCCCCCACUAAACACCACUGUGCCCCCUGAAAACCAUGUGCCCAGGGUUGCUUUUCACAUACAAUAUUUUUGCUAGUGAAUUAGUUAUUAUUAUUUCCUUUCUUGAUCUUCAGAUUCAAUUUUUUCCCUGAGCAAUAGGCCUGUAUAUAUUCUUUUUAUCACUACACUAUUGGAAUAUUGAUAGGAAACCCAACGCAUUACACAGACUAAGAUAAUAUGCUGGAUGCCUUUCAAAAUGAGCCUUAAGAUUCAUUUUACUGAUAAAACAAAGGUAUUUUUGAAAUAUCUAUGACAUAUAAAUAUCUCAUGAAUAGUUAGGGAAAAAAGAAAUGUCAUGCUAAUUGAAAUAUUCAAACUGAUUUUUUUUAAACUUACUCUUAGGUUUUUAGUUCCUUCUUUGAGGCAAGUGAAAUAAAGGGCUGCUUGUGUUUAUGAAAGAAAAGAAUACUUUAUAGUAGGCUGAGCUCACAUGCAUCUAAACCUACAUGUUAAGUUGAUGAUGGUUCAUUAAAGUGGCAUCAAACCUUCUUAUUUUUUUUUUUUUACCAACUAGCCCCCUCUAUUGCAUUUGCCCCUUCCCAACUUUAUCAACCCGACAAACUGACAGCCAAGUUCAGAGCUGCACAAUGAGUUUAGCAGGCUGCCAUUUUUGACAGCUUAAUUUUCUGGUCCACACUUCACUGUGGGGAACAUUUACACUAGAAGCCAGGGCAAGGUCAUCUUCCAGAAUGCAUUCUUCUGCUUAGUGAUCAUCGUUGUGAAGCCUUGGGACUGAUGUGGCCAAACAUGAGAGAAUGACCAUGGACUGGAAGAUGAAGUGGGCAGGGACAAAAUAGGUAAAAGCAUUCUAAUAACAUUCUAAUAACAAUAUAUAUCUAGUGAUCAAAAAUAAAAAAUUAUUGCAGAACUUUGUAUAAAGGACUUACGAAAAAAGCUUUAGCUCCUAGUUGCUCUGUGCUGCAACCAAAUACAACUGCAAAAAUCCAAAAAGUAGGAGAAAAAGCUAGAUAUAUCUAGUGAUCUAGCUGCAUAUCUUAUUACAACAACCUUAGAUAAAGAUGUUAAACAAAAAGGCAAAUAAUUGAAGAAUUAUCAAAACAGAAACCAAAUGCAAAUUGCCUUUUAAUGUCAACAACAUACUAAAUGUUAACUAUAAACUCAAACUUUUCCUUGCAAAUGAAUAUACUACAGGUUAAUUUGCAGGGUGAUGCAAGUUAUACAUUCUCCAAAAGAUUCAUUGUAACAAGUGCACUUUUUGAAUUCUAUUUUUUAUAUGAUUUGUUGACAUUUCUGUAACAAAAUGAUAUAUGUAACCAGAGUACAGUAUUGUACAGUUAUUGUAAUGAUGACUUAUUUCUAUAAAAAAAUAAAACCAAAAAUUUACAUUU